AAUGGAGAAGCUGCUUGUAGGUAAAAGUAACUGGGUUGGUGAGCGGAAGUGUGGACGGUCCCUUCGGUGGUGUGGGUAGAUUUGGUUAGGGAGGUUUGGAUUACAGGCAGGAGAGAGUCCACACUGCAGUUUUCCGCUCCUAGCCUUGUGAACACGGGUGUUGUUAAACUCUCGGAAGCUUUCUUUGAGUAGCUAUAGUAUAGGUUCUGCCUGAACGGGGCUGGACUAGAAGACCUCCGAAGCCCUUUCCAGGCUCAAGACUUCUAAAGCUAUAAAAGCUGCACUGAAUGCUGGUCGUGGCUGAAUUUUCUUUUAGGAUUUGACUUUAGCUUUUGAAAUAUCCCCAUUCCCAUCCUCUCUCCCUGCGGAAUUACUGGUUUUGAAUAGUUGGUUCGGCGAGCAGAAGUUCAGCCAUUGAAACCACAUGGAGUUUAAAAUUGAACAUACAUGGAACAGCCUUCCAGUCUCCCACGAUCCAAUAAUAAUCAGACUGAGUCCAGAAAAGGCUGGAAUAUUGAUGGAAGUGAAUGCCCCAUUUUUCAAUGAUCCUCCAGCUCCUCCUGGUGAACCAGGAAAACCAUUCAAUGGAUUAUGGGACUAUGAGGUUGUAGAAGCCUUCUUCUUGAAUUACCAAACCCAGCAGUACCUAGAAGUAGAGCUCUGCCCGCAUGGCCAACAUUUAGUAUUGUUCCUUUGGGGCAAACGGAAUAUAUGCAGAAAAGAACUUCCUUUAAAAUUUGAAGUUUCAAGGGCAACUACCAAAUGGAGGGGUCAUGCUCAUUUGCCUUGGAAUUUUUUUCCUCCCAACACUGACAGAUUUAAUGCAUUUGCAAUUCAUGGAUCAGAUAUGAACAGAACAUACGAAGCUCUCUAUCCUAUUCCUCAAAAUGAAGUUCACUUUAAUCAGAAACCUGAUUUCCAUCGUCUGGAAUAUUUUAAAAAAUUCAGUUUCAAACAAUUAAUGGGAGAAGAUUGGAAACAGAUCAAAUCAGACUUGUGGGAAUCGUGUGUGAGAUGAAAAAUACAAGAAUAUUGUAAAGCUUUGUCUGAGCAAACUUUUGUGGGCAGGGAUCUUUCUUUUUAGGGCUGCUGAUGGGCUUUUGAAAAAGAAAAGGGACCUUUCUCAAAUUAAAAUUGUUAGAAAAGAAUUUGGAAAAUAUAACUGCUGUAAGAUUAUUGUAUGAAAAAAAUGGAAAUACAAUGAAAAACCAUUUAGAGAAAAAUUCACUUAUAAAAUUAACUGAACUUAUAGAAAAGAUGAAUAUGACCAGCUUAGUGAGAGAGAUAAAAAGACCAGAAACCUAUGGACAUUUUGCUGAAAGAAAAUUUAAUGAAAUCAAUGAUUUCAGGAUUAAUAAUGGACAAA